CAGAUUGGUUUGAUCUUCCGAGAGGGGGGAAAACGAUCGGGGCAUACCAGAGCAAGAAGAUGGGGAUUUCCCGGAGCAAACCGGCAAGGGAGCCGGAGCCGGAGCCGGAGCCGAAGGAGAAGCCAAAGGUGAAGGUGGUGGUGCCGCCAAAGGUGAAGGUGGUGGUGCCGCCCCUCUUCGACCCGCCUCCCACCGCCGCCCGCACCAGGAUGCUGGUGCCAGAGUAUGAGCUAUGGUUCGGGAAGCCCUGGCUCCACCGCCUGUUUGAGGACUACUUCGAUCUGGCGGGGAGUGUGCAGGCAGGGCUCAUGUUGAAGAUGCUGGAAGAUCCUCAUGCCAAUCUGACUGCAAAUGUGUCACCAGCUGGUGGGAAGGCUCAGAUUCGUUGGCAGAGAGGUUUGGAUAAUCCAGAUAGCUUUGUGGACAUUCUCGUGUCAACUUCAAAACCCACUUUGAAGCUCAGAUCAAGCAUUUACUCAACUACGUAUGGUGUUGGCGCCUUUGCGGCAUUCCCUUUGGAUCUGGAGAAAAGUGCACGUCCAGAAGAUAAUGCUGUCGUGGGUUUGAGAUAUGGUUCCCAAAAUCUAUCAUUUGGGGCAUCUUUUGUGCCAUUUCUUUCAUCCAGUGAGCCACCCUCUGUGGUACCCUAUGGUGCAUGGCUGGUUGGAAGAUUUGGGGGUUUUAGUGCAGGGGCACAAUACAAGCCACUUAGUACUCCAACAGGUGAAAACAAACAUUCAUUGCCUAUUGAGGACUUGAAGAACUGGGAUUACACAAUCAGUUACGAUGUGGGAUCAGCUAGCCCACUCAGCCCUUCAUUCAAUUUUUCCCUAGAGCUUCUCAGAAGUACACAGCUGGUCGCAUCAUUCUAUCAGCACCAGGUUGCCCAAAGGGAGGAUAAAUGGCCCGAGACUAAUGAUGCCCCCAAAAUCACAAACUACAUUGAUUUUGGACUUGAACUAGCCACAAGGGUGGGUAAGGACAAACCAACCGACGACGCCAAUAAUUCCUCAUUUCAGAUAGCUGCAAACUGGCAGGCUAAUAAGAAUUUUCUAGUAAAGGGGAAGUUGGGUCCCUCUAAAUCUUCGGUAGCUUUGGCAUUGAAGUCUUGGUGGAAGCCAUUGUUUACAUUUAGUGUCACAGCUGUAAAUGAUCAUUCGAAGGGUACAACAGCGUACGGGUUUGGAAUUCAUGUUGAUGAUCUAAGAAACCCAGAUUCUGAAAGUCAUCUCCAAUCUUAGGAUUAUAUAUACCAUUGGUUGCAUCCCUAUGCGUUAUAUGCGUCCUGACAAAAAACAAGGAGAAUCAAACAAUAAUGUUUGCAGGAGCACGGGAAGGAGGGCCUGCAUGUUGGGAACAUCCAUAGAUUCAGGGGAACUAUGACGACUUAGGACCAGAAUUAAAGAAAACAAUAUUAUGUUUAGUUUGUGGUAUUGUAAAGUUUAGUGGCACUAACUCUCUAUAUAUAUUUCCUAGCCCCGACUUACAUUUGAGAUUGUCAUCAUUCUAGAUUGUGAGGGGUUUUAUGAAUAAUUACAUUUGAUACAUGAAAAUGGUUUGUAUGGAUUUGUCUCAAAAAUUACCUUUGUAGUGUGCAGUUCUACUCGAUUGAACAUAUUGUAAUAGAAUUAGUGGUCAA